CACAAAAGUCAGCUGUCGCUUUUAUGACGUGGAUGUGCCGAAGGGAAAUGCCAAAUAAUUUUUGUUUUGGUGUAAAUUCAUUAAUUUUAUCUUGAAAUUUGUUCAAUUUUCCUAAAAAAAUUAAUAAAAUAAUUUGUGCCAAAUCGAAAACUUGAUUCAAAGAUCCAUCCAUUACCAAAAGCUGAAUAUUAAAAAAGAAGAAUCAUGGCAUCACCUUAUGGAGCACCACAAAACGAAUACCAAUGGGGAGCUGGUGGACAACAUGAACAACAAUAUAAUUUUGAAGUUCCAGACUUUGGUCAAGAAUUAAACUUCCAAUCAUUCGAUAAUACACAGACUUCUGUCCCACCAAACUACAAUGCCAGCUAUUCGGAUGUUGGCAGUGGUGUAGGUGGAUUCUAUGAUCCAAAUGCUUACGUGGACAAUUCUUUUGGACAAGAAAAAGCAUUCAAGCCACAAGGUGGUUCAGAUUUUGAUGAUGAACCACCACUUCUAGAAGAACUGGGAAUCAAUCCACAUCACAUAUUCCAAAAGACAUUGGCCGUGCUUAAUCCCCUUCGUGGAGCGGAUCAAAGUAUUCUUCAGGACACAGACAUGGCUGGACCAUUGGCAUUCUGUCUAGCCCUAGGAGGUUUUCUUUUAUUGAGUGGCAAAGUAACAUUUUCAUACAUCUACAGUAUUGGAGUGAUAGGAUGCAUUGCCUUUUACUGCCUGCUGUCGGUGAUGGCCACCCAAGCUCAGGUCACAUUCGGAGCUGUUAUAUCAGUCCUGGGCUAUUGCCUGCUUCCAAUGGUUGUAUUGUCCGGCAUUAACGUUUUAAUCACCAUUCAGGGUCCAUUGGGUUUAAUCGUUGCUGGAAUCAGUAUCCUCUGGUGUGCACUAUCCGCAUCGAAGCUCUUCGUGACUGCAUAUUCUAUGGAUCAUCAACAAGUGUUGAUUGCAUAUCCUUGUGCACUUCUCUAUGGUGUAUUUGCAUUGAUAACAAUAUUCUAGAAAAAAAAAAAAAAAAUAAAGAAAAUAAAUAAAAAAUAAAUUCAA